AUGAGCUUGAUAACUAAAACUUUCAAGUAUUUAUUCUAUGCCUAUUUGGCCUCAACUUACAAGUCUUUACCAGGUGCAUACUACAUUCGGUUUUGGUUCUAUGCUAUCCGGAAUAUAGUCUUACCAAUAUUUACAGGUAAACAGACUGCCAACAUCAAAAAGUUGCAAAGCGAUAAGUAUGGGGUGUUCAAGCAUAACGUUUUGUCGACUUAUUGCUCGUUUUUCGAGAUUGAUGGGUAUUUACACAAGAGUAACAGUACCUACUUCGAGGAAUUGGACAUUGCUAGAACAGACCUAAUGACCAAGGUGUUUCAGAAAUUGUUCUUGACUUCAAAAAAGUGGCCAUAUAUACCUGUGGCUGAGGUAUCGACUUGUUUCUUUAAAGACAUAAGGCCAUUGCAACCUUACCAGGUUAUAUCUAACAUUUUCUGUUGGGACAAAAAAUGGAUUUACGUCCUGUCUAAAUUUACUGUCAACAAUGGAUCGACUGUGGUUUCUUUAUCUAUAACCAGAUAUGUGUUGAAGGACGGUAGAAAGACCAUUAGACCGGCAGACGCACUACAGGUUUGUGGGAUCUAUAACGACGAAGUAGAACAGAUUUCAAGUGAAAAUUUGGCCUAUAUGGAAGCGAAUGGAGGUUUUGAAAACAUUCAAAAGUUAAUAGAACAAAAUAAAGAGUACGGAUCAUUAUGA